AUGGCUGCAUCAAGAAAGAAACCAGAAAAGGAAGGACAAAGGCCUAGAAAGAGUGCAAAAAUUGAAGCCAUGAUGGAGAGGUUCCUUGAAACAAGGACAAAGCAAGCAGAAGAUGAAGCUAAACAGCUAGCAAGAGAAAAUGAGGCAAGAGAAAAUGAGAUAAGAGAUAAGAAGACUGCUAAAAGUGAUGAAUUCUCCAUCAAAAGGUUCGACUGCGAUUCAAACUCGAACUCCGACGGCAGCUACGGGUCCGACUACACCUCGGAGUCCGACGGCGACUCCGGGUCUGGCUACAACUCCGAGUCCGACGACAACUCAAAGUUCGACUGCAACGCGGAGUCCGACGGCGACUCCAGCUUCAACUCCGACUCGAAGUCUGACAGCGACUCUGAGUUCGACUACAACUCGAAAGUCCAACUACAUCGCGAGCUCAUCGACGACUACGGGCGGCUCGCUAAUGAUUUCUUCGACUAUGUCGUGGGCACGCCGACAACCACGUCAAGCUUUGGCGACGACGCUCGUCGUGACACCAAGCGUGCCUCCAGAGGUACAGACUAG